CCGCGGAGGAUCCGUGAGGUGUCCCAGCCGAGCUGGAGCCCCGGGCUGCUCACUGGCCCGCAGGGCCCACCUGUCCGGCCUUGGCCCUCUGCGGGUGCCCCAGGUGGCUCAGAGCGGGGAGGAGACGCGCCCCGCCCCGCCCCGCGUGGCCGCAGCCAACGCCAGCCCCCUGCGGGCGCGCUGGGAGCCGAGGCCCGGAGCCGAGCGGGUGCGCCGAGGGCCGGGCUGGCGCGGGCGGCGCAGGUGAGAAAAGAUGGCGAGUUCCUGCUGACUGAGGGAUUCAUUAGUUGAGGUUGUAGGUUACUUCCUUUGGGUGCAGGCCCCUUCACUGCAGGAGCGGAGUCUGACAGCCACGCUCUCUCUCAAGUAUGCAUUCAGCAAACAUUUGGGCCCUCUCUUUGUGCCAAACCCUUUCCCAGAGAUGAAAGACUAUGCCUGCCUUCGGGGAGCUUGCAUAUCACCAGACAGUCAGUUUGGAGUUGGCAGAAGAGGCAAAUGACAUCAGUUACCAGGUGUAAAUAUAAGGAGGCUGAUUUGGAAGAUGGAUCCUUUGAUGGUUGUUUGGGUGAGAAUCAUUGAGAUCACAAAAGGAAGCAGCUGAUACAGGACAUUCACACUUUGCCACCCCUGGGUCAGAAUGCUGCCCCUCGGUCACGCUCUGGCUGUAGCAGUUGUCCAGAUCUUUAUCUUCUCGGAAAACCGAGCUUUGGCCAAGAACAUCAACUUCUAUAACGUGAGGCCUCCUCUUGACCCUACACCAUUUCCAAACAGCUUCAAGUGUUUUACCUGUGAAAAUGCAGGAGACAAUUAUAACUGCAAUCGAUGGGCAGAAGACAAAUGGUGUCCACAAAAUACACAGUACUGUUUGACAGUCCAUCACUUUACCAGUCAUGGAAGAAGUACAUCAAUCACCAAAAAGUGUGCCUCCAGAAGUGAAUGUCAUUUUGUUGGCUGCCACCACAGCCAAGAUUCUGAACAUACAGAGUGCAGGUCUUGCUGUGAAGGAAUGAUCUGCAAUGUAGAACUACCCACCAACCACACUAACGCGGUCUUCGCUGUAAUGCACGCUCAGAGAACGUCUGGGAGCAGCGCCCACACACUCUACCUGCCAGCGCUUGCCUGGGUCUUCAUGCUUCCAUUGAUGUGAUGCCUUUAUUCCCAGGAGGGGCAGAUACCAGCCCUCUGAAGCACAAACUGAAAACUGUGUAAACAGUGAACUUUUGAGCAAAGACAAAUCUUGCAAUUGAUGAGGAGUACAGUUGUUUGCUUAGCUAAAAUGCUCUUGCAUGAGGCCAUGGAAUUGAGGAAGGGAAUGUGGCCCAGACUGAGGGCAUAAUCUGCUUCCAGGCUUCCUGGUCAAAGAGGCUGCAUUAUGUCACUUUUGCAGGGAGGAUACUGCCAGCAUCUACAAUGGGCAGGUUGUGGUAGCUGAUAUUGUCCCUGCCCGAUUGGUCCUUUAGCUGAAAGGACUCCUUGACCUCAUUGACUCCUUUAGAGGCUGCUGGCUCAGAUCCUCUUAUUCUGGGAUUAGUUCAGAGUGUCUCUAGGAAAUCUAAACCUUCCCCUGAUGAGAAAGCAAUUUCCUUGACAAUGUGUAGUCAAUGGGAAAGGCAAGUAAAGGAGGAAAAAUUCCAGUUGAAUUACUAUGAAACUCAUUUGCUAAUUGUGUGGGGGGGAGGGGAAUAAAGCUUUUAAAUUAUACAGUGUAAAAUGCAUGCGUGUGUGUUUCUUGACUUCCAUGAAGAUCUCAGAGGAAACACGUCUACUAGUGUCAUAAAGGAAGUCACUGAAGAGAUGUUUUCCAUGCAUCCUGGCUGAUUGUUUUCUGGCUUAAAGUAUAAAAUUUCAUGCCCAAGUGACUUAGUCUUUAUUUUCCCUUUGGGGAAGUACACUUCUUAGGAUGCUAAAUGCAAAAUUAGUGAAUUUGGAUGGUCAGAAAACUUUCCUGAUCAAGAUGGAUGGUAUCUUACCACACGACGUAUCCUCAGGAGUAGCAGAGUGAAGUCCGAGAACCUGGCCCACUUGGCCAGCUUCUGUCUGAAUGGCAGGGCCACAAAGAGAACCUUUGUAAAAACAUCCUAAACUAUUUUG